AUGCGUGCGGUGCGCUGCGCUGCCGUGCAGAAUAGAAAGUCUCUGGAGAAGCGCGCGGACUCCUCUGCUCGUCUCUUGUGAGAUUUCGCAUUUUAGAAUUUGCAACGCAACGGUCUAAAUCUUUCGGUCCGUGCAGUAGUACUUACUAGAAUUCACAGGUGGAGCACCACUUGGACUUGUUGACAAAGCGGUGCACCGGAGUUUGUUCGGCGAUAUUCUUUAAUUUUUGAUUUUUUCAAAUGUCCAAGCAAAGGAAUGCAAGAAGAAAAUGAACAACUGCUGACCUUUGUGUUCUCUUCUCUGAUUUAUAAAAAUCGUUGGCAUCCUUUAUUAUAUCUAACGUUUUAUUCGUGUCCUGUGUCCGUUUCUUGACAGGAGAGCACGUUCGGUCGCAAUUUUUAUUAAGACAUUAAAUAGAACGGACGCCAAUUAUCUGCUAUUAGAAAUACGUACAAUAAGGAGUGCAGGAAACCAACAGCGGAAAUACGGACAGACUGGCACCGUAUAAAAGUGUCGCAGACAUCUUCUUGCACUCCACUUUGUCCCACUUCUGCACACCUUAAAAAGAAAGUAUUCAUUUUUAAUUCUCUUGAUCAAUAACAUGCAAUGGUAGAAGGGCAUCCGUAGCGGUGGUCGCCUCCUUUUAAUUGUCCUCCUUAAAAAGUUCCUUUUAAACUUAAAAGUGUUUUUUCUUUUUUUUUUUUUAAUCCACUGGGCACUUGUCACAACUGUCUGGUGAUUUGCGGUUUUGAAGUCUCCUCAUCUUUGUGGAUCGGACGUGGUGACUUUUUCAUUUUUCAUUUCAUUUUGCAUCUUUUCUCCAUUUGGAAGAUUUCACUUUUUUUUUGAAAAACAUUAUCAAGGGUCCCAAGAAUGGCUUCGGAGUCCUGCAAGUCAUCAAACACCACAUUUCAAACGUCAUUCCUGCCUCCGGUUUAUGGAGUGGAGUUCUUUUUGGCCACGGCAGGCAACAGUUUGGCAAUCUGGCUCCUGUUAACCCGCGAGAGGCGUAACUGGCACACGGGUGUGGUGUUCUCCUUCAAUUUAGCGGUCAGCGACUUGCUCUACGUCCUGUCCUUGCCGCUGCUGGUGGUCUACUACACCCUGAACAAAAACUGGAUUUUCAGCGAGCCUGUCUGUAAAAUCGAGCGUUUUCUCUUCACGUGCAACUUGUACGCCAGCAUCUUUUUCAUCACCAGCAUCAGCCUGAAUCGCUACGUUGGGAUUGUGCACCCGUUGUUUGCUCACUCUGAAGUGCGCCCCCGGCACGCCAAACUGUGCAGCGUGCUGGUGUGGAUUGUGGUCAUAGGGAUAUCGGCUCCCACCAUUGUGUUCUCUGAGACGAAUACGCCAAAGAGCAACUGCACCGAGUGUUUGGGCUCGGCCUCGGAUGCCAACCUGAAGACGUAUUUAACUUACAGCCUGUUUUUAGUGUUUUUUGGGUGCCUCCUGCCCUUCCUGCUGACCUUUGGAUCCUAUGUCUGUAUUUUAUGCGUAGUCUGGAAGAACAACAACAUCUCGAAAACGGAGAAGAGGAAAGUGGGCCUCAUGAUCCUGACAGUGAUUCUGCUCUACACCAUCUCAUUCAUUCCCUAUCACCUCCUCCGGAACAUCAACCUCUACCACCGAAUCAACAACACUGGGCACACCUGGGUCUUCCAGGCCUAUCAAGUGACCAAGGGGCUUGUGACCCUGAAUAUGUGCAUCCACCCUCUUCUGUACGCCUCGGUCUUUGACAGCAUGCGCCACAUCUGCAGCUGCGUGAAGGAGGUGCUGAGCACUGACAGCAGGCCAGGCGGGCAAUCGUAAGGAAUGCACGAGUUCAAAGCCCAGCCUGGGCAGCGCCCAUUGGGUCUGACUUUCAGUUUUGUAUCAUUUUAAGUUUGUGUGCCAGGUGAUUAGUGACUAUCUGCUAGAACACUGCUUUCCACUCUCGAUCUUGUGGUUGCAGGUUUUUGUUCCAACCAGUGACAACACCUCAUAACAUUGAUCUCAUUUAAUUAACUUAAUUAAUUUCUCUUAUUCUAUAUUCAGACAAGCACUGCAACAUGAUUUUUACAUUUAUAAGACAUUUAGAAAUAUUUCUGGUUUUGCUAGAGAUUUAAAUGCUUAACUCUCUUUUGAUGAUUUCGUUCUAUUUUGCCCUUUCUCUGUGCAGUUUUCCCCCUUCGUUGUGUCUUAUUAAUGUCAAUUUAAAACAAGCAGAGCAGACACGCUGGCAAACAACACGGAAUCAUGAAAGGCUGCAACUACGUUAGUGUCAGACCCACAAGUCAGUAAAUGCAUUGUUCCCAUAUUCAUGGACUGAGCCAUCGAUAUGACGGAUCUCGUCAUAGUUUUGUGGGAGUGCAGGCCAAUUCGGGAUUUGCAGGUUUUGCUGCAGAUGUCACACGUAAAAACGCCACUGGCUAGCUGUCUUGCUGCUUCUUUCCUUUGCAUCCUCCUAGCUCUGCAUCUCAAAGUGCUGGACACCUUCAUGACAGAUUCGUCGCCAGGUGGACCGGUUCAGAGCGAGUUGAUAAAAUUGUAUCGUAACACCACACGUCUUCAGGUUGGCUUCCACCUCCAGCUUCUGUGACCUGUGAGUAACCCGAAAUACGUGUUUCGCUGAGUGCAGCAAUAUCCAAUUCCAAUUCAAUUUUAUUUGUCAUUCAGCAGAACAUCCAAGAUGUGCUGCAGAACGAAAAUACGAUGCACAAGACAUUAAUAAAAACACACAGUUAAAAUCAAUUACAUUCAAUUAAAAGUGCAGAAAGAUUCUGAUUAAAUAUGCACACAAAUUAUGAUUAGAGGUGCAUAAAAUUUCUAAUUAAAAGUGCAUAAAAGUCUAAAUUAGUAUAUACACACAUGCAGAAAGUAUCGACAUUGUAUCGAGAUAGCUCUCUGGCAAUUAUUGCUGUCCUUCGCUCAUGACUAUCUGUGCUGUCGAGAAAGGUACGGACAUUGUUGGCCGCUCUUGGCGAUUAUUCUUACUCUUGCUCAGGUUUCAACCGCAAACUGGAUAUCCAGCUGGUCGCAGUCUACCAGUAGGAGCAGAUGGAACUAGCAUUUGUUUGAGGAAUCUUUUCUAUCCUCGCCUUCUUCUCGAGGAGAGCAGUGCUAUCCCUAAAUAGGGCUGCUCUGCCACUCAAGCAGGACACGGACAUUGCAGUAGUUCCAGGUCUGCAACGAGCGGCCAUCACACUUGAGCUGCCUAUGUGCAGGUUUGUGGCUAGACACUCCCAGUGGUAUCCUCCACCUGUGCCCGUCGCCACUCUCCCAUCGCCGCAGGACUUGGAAAAGACGCACCAUGCCACCAAUAAUAUACAUUCACUUGUAGUGGAUUAUAGUGAGAGAUGCUUGUGCAACAAAUCCCACUCUCUCUUGGCACACGAACCAAUGUCCACAGGCACGAAGAUCGCGACGUGGGGUCUAAUAAGUGUGCCCGCAGCAGGCUGACCAAAACUGCAGUCGAGCUGACGUGCCAAAUCGCCCUUCUGACCGUGUAUACUGUCAAAGCUGCCUACAUUUACUUCACUGUUGCCUAUGUUAGCCGCUAUUUUCAGGGUCCUCUUUGAGCCUGUCCACCUCACGUAACGCCUUAAGUGGUACUUCAGCUGAGGCCUACUCCACUGAUGGCGUAGCCUCAAAGAGCUUACCCUACUUGACGUUACACUCCCACACCACUGUGAGGUACAGGUCGGGUUUUUGUGGAGGAUUCCCAUAUUACUGCUUGGUAAAUUUUAAUAUAUAUAUAUAUAUAUUUUUUUUUUAACCAAACAUGGGGUUAGGGUUAGGGUUAGGGUUUUCUAAUUUCUAUAUUGUUUCCAAAACACAAAACUUGGGGAAAUAACACUUCACUUAAUUAGCCCAGGAGUCCAAUUAAAAACAGAAGCUGAUUGGAGCAAAUACCUGGAGUCACAGGGGGUCCGAGUUUGGGAAGCACUGUGCUAGAAUAUCGUUAGAAGGAUUUACACAUUUAGAAUGGAGUAUUUGGUUUUAUAAAAAUGUUCUUUGUUGUAAAACACUCAGGUUCAGUUUCUUACAUGAGAUGCAAUGCUGUGGAAUGUUUUAAAUUUAUGAAGAUUUUCACUGAAGGAAUGUGCCGGCACGUUGGCACAGCACACCAGGGUGCAGUUCUGUUGGAGGUGGGAGUCCCAUCUGCAUGUUCUCCUACAAAUCAGCGUAACGUUUUCUGUCCUCAAGCGUUACAUUCAUCACUUUGGGGCCAAAAACUGAACUAUUUGGAACAUUAAGAUGGUUAAAAUGUCAACAAAAUAUCUCCGACUUCGAGCUGCAGCCAACAGAAUUGGGGUGGUCUGGCAAGGAUGACCAACCUCAUCCAUGUGUUUGCUUGGCGCUCCGCUUUUAAUCCCACAUCCCUAAGACUUCCCACUAAAGUGGCCUGCUGUGAACAAGGGGGCCAUGAGACGGACUGGCGCCUUAUCCUCGGUGGGCCAGUCUGUAGUUUCUUCAGGCUCCGCAGGUGGACUAAGCUGACUUGGAAGGUGAUUGGAUGGAUGCACAAGAUGAAGUAUUAGUAUUAGUAUUGACUACUAUUCAGUUUUGUUUACAUAUAAAAAGAUAGUUCAAAUCCUUAGAAUUGUUUUUGAGGAUUAAUGAGAUAACUGACUUUGAGAUGUAGUGACUUCGAUUGCUUACAUUAAUAGCUUUUUAGUUCUCGUUGUUAGGUAUUUUGUGUUAUGUUCAGCAACAGAAUUUCCCACAAUGACGCUUCACUGCCAUUGUACUGUACAAUCGUGUGUUUGACAAAGUGAAUUUAAAUCUUAUGGUACAAUAAAUAUGUGAAGCAAUCCA